GACCACAUGAACCGCUGACGAUCAAACUGAAGCUUCGCCUUAGCCAAAUUAUAGAUGUGCACGAAAUUGACCAAAUCAUGACAUGCUCAGUGUGGCUGAAGCAAGUGUGGAUCGACAAGAAGUUAUCUUGGGAUCCGAAAAGCUACGGUGGCGUCAGCGUGCUCUAUGUGCCUUAUGAGAUGAUUUGGGUUCCUGACAUUGUUCUGUAUAAUAACGCUGACAGCAACUAUAACAUUACCAUCUCUACGAAAGCUACCCUGCACUAUACCGGAGAAGUCACGUGGGAACCUCCAGCUAUAUUCAAAAGCAUGUGUCAGAUCGAUGUCAGAUGGUUCCCCUUUGAUGAACAACAA